GCAGCGAGCCAGCGAAAGGAGGCAGGGGGUGUUAUCCGCGAUACGUGGGGCACAGCAGCCUGUGACUCCACCGAAGACCCCAGGCUCAACAGCUAUGGUGCCAAGUACGCCCCCAAAGGGGCCAGCCACACCACCGAAGUCUCCGAUUACACCACCAAAGGGGCCACCCACACCGCCAAAGAGUCCGCCAAAGAGUCCGCCAAAGGCCGCGCCAGCGCCGCCCAACAUCUGGACAGCACCACCUCCACCGAGGGCCGCUCCGAAGGCUGCCGCUCCAAAGGUUCCAAAAGCAGCGGUUCCAAAGCCGCCGAAGGGUCCGAAAGCAGCGGUUCCAAAGCCGCCGAAGGGUCCGAAAGCAGCGAUUCCAAAGCCGCCGAAGGGCACGACUACAACAACGCCGGCUCCUUUGACAACGCCGGCCCCUGUGGCAACGCCG